UGGGAGGUGUGUGUGGGAAAAGCCGAGAGAUGGAUCUUCCCUUCUUUUGACAACACUCUCCCCUUCAGGACUAAGUCUGCACUGGAGGAAAUUAACUGUGAGGGAGAAGCGCUAAUCACACCUCCGUGUGGGAGCCAACUCCCGGGAGCAGCGUGUGCCGCCAGCCCCAGGAUAUUCCCUGCCUCCAACCUGAAGUGAUCCUUUCUGGAACGGUUCAGUCGCGCCUGCAGUUCACCUUUGCCUGCAGUUAACCAGCGUGCAAUUUGGGUUUAAUGGAGCUGGGUUUAUUGUUCCUCUUUGGACUUACGAUUACGUCGACUGCAGGGACCGCGCUGCCCCGGCCCCGCUCCGCGCUGCCGGCGGCCGGCCCGGGACACCGCGAGCGCGACGAGAGCGGAGCGGCGGCGGCCGCGGGCGGCAGGGCCAGGGCGGACGGCGGAGCGCUGCGGCACCGGGCCCGGCGCUGCACUUGCUACACCUACAAGGACAAGGAGUGCGUGUACUACUGCCACCUCGACAUCAUCUGGAUCAACACCCCCGAGAGGACUGUGCCGUAUGGACUGUCUAACUACAGAGGCAGCUUCAGAGGCAAAAGGUCCACAGGCCAGACUCAGAGUGCUCCCCAGUCCUCACUCCGAUGUUCCUGCUGGGAUGCUCACGACAAGCAGUGUUUGCAGUUUUGCAGAAGAAUGCAGGACAGAAGGAGAAAUCAUGGAUCAAUGAAGAAGACAGAGGAGAAAGACCAAUGCAGGGAAGAGGAACACAAUUUUGUUCAGUAGCACAGAGAGUCUGGAGGAUUCUGAACAAUCAGCUUUAACAUUUAUUUGCUGGAGCUCAGAAACAAGAACUUAAACUACAACUCUCCCUUGAGAUGGACAAACUUGAUGCUUCAGUGUGAUGCCAGUGGAGAAUUCAGCAGUAGGCAACACUUCCAUUUCAGCAGUGCCCCUCUGAGGGCAUGGGAACCUGGAUGAAGAAGCUUUUCUCCCCUCGAGAGAGCCUCAGAAAAGGAUAAUCUUUAUCAUGUAACCUGGCAGGGAAUGUAUCACUAUUGAGGAAAACUUCAAAAGCAGACCCAAACUUCAGCAAUGCAAAGCUUCAGGAAACGUUUUUCUCUGUGAUUUAAACAAGUACAAUAGACACUGUUCACUCACUGCUUGCUCUGUGUCUGAAGAAUCCAUCCACAGCUCUGUGCAGGCAGCUGCAAGUGGAGAAUGUGGAGAGUUAGAGGGAGAUUGCCUCUACAUCAGUUCUCAUUAAGAAUAAACAGAUACAAAAUAUUUCUCUUGUUAAUGUAUGCAAGCCUGAAUCAUCACAUUGUAACUUCGUGGCAGAUGUUUAAAUGACAGUAUCUAUGCAGAAUAAAUAUGAAUGGCUAAUAUAAAUAUUAUUAUAAACUAUAGCAAGUUAAGAGUAUACAUUGAGUAUUCAAUAGAUUACCUAAUUUAGGCACAAGUUAUUCCUGCACUUGGAAGUUCCACUCAAACACACUUACAGUGAUUAUUUGGGGAUGCACUGUAGUUGGUGAACAGAACUUCAGUGAUUCAUCCCAAAGAAUUUUCCUACAGAUGCAAGGCUAGGACUGUGGAACUUGAUGCCAUCAGAGUAAUUUCUGUGCUGGCCAUUUGCUGUCCCAGGCCCCUACAGGUCACACCCUCAGCACACCCUCUGGGCUUUGCCAGUGCUGCAAAUCCCACCUUUAUCUCUCCAUUGAAACACCAGCACCAAAUAACCCAGAAACUUGGCAAUAAGGAUUAACUCCAACCCUGGACAUUUUUCAGUGUAAAUGAUUUCUUCAGAAAUUAUGGACUUCUUUUUGCUACAAGGAUGCAAGAGUAAGAAAAGGAAAAAGAGUAACUUUUGCAAAUCCUGUUCUAUAUUAUUUAAAAAGAGAGGAAAUCCCUUACUUGUGACAUUACAAUUUUUUUUUGGGCGUUUACUGAUCUUCAUGCAGACUUUCCCCAGGGCACACAGGUUAAACAAUAACCCCCUGUUGUUAAAUUAUAUUUUAGAAGAAGAAAGAUGGAGACCAAAAGAAAAGUGAAAAGAAAUCAACAGUAAAAAUAUCUAUAUAGGGCUUAAACCAGUGGUAAUGGUUUUUGUUCAAAACAAGAAAGGGAGGUCUUUGCCAAAACAUAUGAUAUAUUUUAUAUAUAUGUGGAUAUAUUUCAUAAAUAAAUUAUUACAGUUAUAAAAUUAAAUAUAUCUUUCAGUUAUUGCAUUUGUAUCAGUUUCUUACUUGCUGUGUAACUGAUUUUGUACAUUUAUAGAAAAUAGAUUAUUUAUUGUAUAAAACCACUACACAUACUAUUUUUUCGUAUUCUUUUUUUAAAAUACAUUGUAUAGUUUUGGGGUUUUUAAAAAAGAAUCAGGCAUUUUUGUUAAGAAUGCUUAGUGUUCCUAGUGUUCCUUUAUGACCAAGACCUGGAAAUUUCUUUCCCUGCUGAAUCCCUCCACACAGGUCCCACAGCUUGCUGCCUUUAAGAGGUUGAUAAUUCUCCUGACAGUCUGGGAGUUGAGUAGGAAAACAGGAGAACAAAUUCUGUGCCAGUAACUGUGCAUAAAAAGUGAAGUUUCAAUUUUGUGUCCCUUUUGCUAUAAAUGUAACCCUCAUCUGUCCCCUAACCCUGGGACAAACAAGGUGAAAGUUAUUUGUCCUGAGAGUUCUUUUUGUGGACAAUGUCCAUGGAGUUCAGCUCCAGCCCCAAGCACAUCCCAGUGCUGAACAAGCCUCCAGAUUCUCCUCAGCUCAGCUUUUACAUGACCUGCUCAGCCUGUGUUUGGAAUUCUCCUGUCUUCCCCCAUGUGAAUUCAAUUUAAAUGUUGCAUUUGAAGAUGGAUUCACACCUUCCUCAGUCCCAAACGCUUUAAUUUAAUUUUAAACAAUCAAAAAAAAAAAAAAAUCUAGCUGGAUUCUUUCUUUGACAUGGAGGCAGAUUUAGCCCUUCAGUGGAGGGCAAAGAUGUUAUUGUUGUUUUUUCUCCUCAGGAAAGAGAAAUCCCUUUUUUUUUCUAUAUGAAUUCCACAUUGAAGGGGUUUGGUUUUGGAACUCUGGUGCCAAUGUACCAGUUAAUGUAAAAAUCAGUCCAUUGUGAAUACAGCAAAAGAAUGAAAAUGAGAAAUAAUGUUGUAUCAAGCUCAGAGGAGGGAGAAGUUAACUGUAGAUAUUUCCAAAUAAACCUAUAAACCACAGAAUUUACCUGGAAGUUGUGUGUGCUGGAUUCUAGCUUUGAACUAUCGUUGUUCCAUCUGGGAACAGUUAACAACAUGAGACAGUUUUGACCUAAUUUCAUGUUUAUAGAAAAUGUCACCAGUAACAUUCCUCAUUGAUUCACUUUACCUAAUUUUUAAUUUGUACUACAAGGUGUUGAGAUAAUUGGAAGUACAACUCUUUAAAAAGUGAUACAUAGAAAUAAACUCAUAUACAACUAAUAUAUGUUUUUAAUUAAGAAACAACUCUUAAAAUCUGAUAACUCAUAAAAGGAUUAUUUGCAAAAGUUAGAAUUAAAGGCUCUUUCAUCUUUCAACAUGUAGUGUUAGCAUAGUUAGGUGUCCUCAGAAUCACUCUUGUUCUGGGAUAUUAUUUUGAGGACAUUUGUACUUUUACUUUUGUAACAACAAAUUAGUUCCAGUUCUUACUCUAUUCAAUGUAAAACCAUAUAUGUACAA